UUUCAAGCACUUAACAUCAGUUAUCAUUUACGAUUUACUAAAUCACAUUAAAAUUUCAACAAAAUGUUCAAAUUCAUCACUGUUAUCUUCGCCUUGAUUGCCUGUGCUGCUGCCCAGCCCGGUUUGAUUGGUGCUCCUUUGGCUUACACCGCUCCCGCUGCCGUUGUUGCUGCUCCUGCUGGUGUUGUUACUGCCACCAGUAGCCAAUUUGUUGCCCGUAACCACAAUGGUAUUGCCACCGCUCCCGUUGUUGCCCCAGUAGCUGCCCCUGUUGCUGCUUACACCGCCCCAGUUGUAGCUAAAUACGCUGCUGCCUACACUCAUCCUUUGGCCUACUCUGCUCCUGUAGUUGCCAAAUAUGCCGCCGCUUACUCUCAUCCUUUGGCCUAUUCAGCUCCUUUGACUUAUGCUGCUGCUCCUGCUCCAGUUUUCUUUUAAAAACUGUUCCGCAAGACUGAUAACUGAUUUGAUUUUAUGAACAAAAUAAAACUA